AUGCGGUGGCUGUGGCCCCUGGCGCUCUCUCUCUCUGCUGUGUGGGCUGUGGGCCAGGGCAGGGUCUCCAGUGGUGCCCUGCAUGGGCACAGGGUUGAGGCCCAGGAGCAGCAGAGCCGGUCCAGGAGGGGCACUGAGGCCAAGGUGGCCAAGGAGGUACAGCACUAUGUACCUGAGGAGUGGGCUGAGUACCCACGGCCCAUCCACCCUGCGGACCUGCAGCCCACCACACCCUGGGCGGCCACUAGUCCCAACCCCGACAAGGGUGGUGAUGCCCCAGGCAUCGGGCAAGAGCCUAAGGCCAAUCUGACGGGGACGCCGAGUCAAAGGCUACAGAUCCAGAACCCACUGUACCCGGUGACUGAGAGCUCCUACAGUGCCUAUGCCGUCAUGCUCCUGGCCCUGGUAGUGUUUGCCGUGGGCAUCGUGGGCAACCUGUCGGUCAUGUGCAUCGUGUGGCAUAGCUACUACCUGAAGAGUGCCUGGAAUUCCAUCCUCGCGAGCCUGGCCCUCUGGGACUUCUUGGUCCUCUUCUUCUGCCUCCCUGUUGUCAUCUUCAAUGAGAUCACCAAGCAGCGGCUGCUGGGUGACAUUUCCUGCCGGGCCGUGCCCUUCAUGGAGGUUUCUUCUCUGGGAGUCACGACCUUUAGCCUCUGUGCCUUGGGCAUUGAUCGCUUCCAUGUGGCCACCAGCACCCUGCCCAAGGUGAGGCCCAUUGAGCGGUGCCAGUCAAUCCUGGCCAAGCUGGCUGUCAUCUGGGUGGGCUCCAUGACUCUGGCUGUGCCGGAGCUCCUGCUGUGGCAGCUGGCACAGGAGCCAGCCCCCACCACAGGCACUGUGGAUUCGUGCAUCAUGAAGCCGUCAGCCAGCCUGCCUGAGUCCCUCUAUUCCCUGGUGAUGACCUACCAGAAUGCCCGCAUGUGGUGGUACUUUGGCUGCUACUUCUGCCUGCCCAUCCUCUUCACUGUUACCUGCCAGCUGGUGACGUGGCGGGUGCGGGGCCCGCCGGGCAGGAAGCCGGAGUGCCAGGCAGGCAAGCACGCACAGUGUGAGAGCCAGCUCAACAGCACGGUGGUGGGCCUGACCGUGGUCUACGCCUUCUGCACACUCCCCGAGAAUGUCUGCAACGUGGUGGUGGCCUACCUGUCCACCGAGCUGACACGCCAGACCCUGGACCUCCUGGGCCUUGUCAACCAGUUCUCCACUUUCUUCAAGGGUGCCAUCACACCAGUGCUGCUGCUGUGCGUGUGCCGGCCACUCGGCCAGGCCUUCCUGGACUGCUGCUGCUGCUGCUGCUGUGAGGACUGCGGCGGGGCCUCCGAGGUCUCCGCUGCCGAAGGCUCGGAAAACAAGCUCAAGGCCGAGGUGUCCUCCUCUAUCUACUUCCACAAGCCCGGGGAGUCGCCCCCGCUCUUGCCCCUGGGCACACCUUGCUGAGGCCAGGCCCAGGGGAGGGGACGGGGUUGCCACCCUAGGCCCAGCUGGUCCUGCUCUUUUCCCCUUAGGUCUUGCGUGGCUGCCUGUCCUGCUGUCUAUUCGGACUUGGCUCUGCUUGUACAAGUUUGGGGUUGUUAAAACCCCCUCCCCAAGCAGGGCUUUUCUUGUCACUCUGAAGGGCUGUCUAGCACUGUCCUUGGCACAGGUAGGCCUCAAUCCUUCUAGGUCCUUAGAGCUGCCCAGAAUCUGAGUCCCACCACUGGGAGCCACAGUGAACCUGCACACUCCUGGCUGUGCCCACUUUCUUCUCUUUGACCCUGUGUUAAUGGGGGUCAUCACCCCAUUCCCACCUGGGGCCCCAUCCCAGAAUGGGGGCUCCUUGGUGGAAGGCAGUCCAGGAUGCUCAGUAACCUCUUCUUUGGACUGGAUCUGUCCCUUCUUCUGGGGAUUUCCCUCUGCUCUCUCUCAGAGGUAUCUGGGUUGUCCUUGGUUAUGUGCUUUUCUAUAGAAGGCUCUUCCCAAACAUCAAUAAACUAGAUAGAACUA